UUUCAUUUUUGAUGCGCUCGUUACAGUAAUUUGGUCAAAGAAAUUAAGACCUCCUUUAAAAUUUGAGUAACAACUUCAGUUUUAGAAGUUACCAACAGAAUAUUAUUCAUAGAGUCCAUUUGCUAGACUGAUUCCACCACUUCCAAAGAUGAAAAGAAAGAAAAUAUCAUAUAAAUUGAUAAACCCAAAAAUUAAAAAUAUAAUCUGUGAAAUCUCACCAACUUACAAGGGGAACCGUAGGUUACUUUUACUUGAAGUGAAUAAACGGUGAAAAGAUUUGGGAAUUGACACAAUAAAUGAAACACAGCUGAAUAAUAUUCUAUCUCGCAUAAAAGAAGGUGGCAUUUCCCAUAAGAAAAUCAGGAUACUGGAGCCUUCAGGACAAAUGCGCAAAAACUCAAUCUUCGCUAAACGGAUGCAAAGGAUUACAGGUGAAUGGAACAACCCUUCCCCUGAGAUAAAUUGUUAUGAAUCUGAAGAAGUAAAAGAGAAAAAUGAUGAUGUAGAGAAGAGAGCUUCGUGUGAUAAAAUUAUAUCUCUAGACAGCUAUAGCGAAUAUGUGGAUCAAAAUAGCAAUAUUUUCCCACAAAUCCCUAGAGAAGCUAAUCGUAUUAAACAAAUGCUAGUUUUUGGUAAAAGGAGCCCUGAGCUUGUAAGAAAAAGCUCAAGUGAAGAUUCAGAAGAAAAAUACUACUUUAAUAUGGUCAAGUUUGAAGCUGAAAAUCAAGACAAUGAGCAUUGAGGAAUGUUCAAGAUUUAUAAGAAUGAAGGUCUUGAAAGUUAAAUCUCUUAAUUAUUUGAAAUAACAAAUAAUGAGAGGAGUUUGAAAGUGAAAUAUUAGAUUAAAUCAUUAGGAUGAAAUAAACUCAGGUUGAGCUCCAAGAACAUAGAUUUUAAAAAUAUAGGUUUGGAAGUAAGAAAAAAUGGAACACCAU